GGCUAGCCGGGUGCGUAGCAGUCCAACCCACCCCCCUCUGGCCACACUCUCAAAGAGAUUCCAGCUCGGUAGGUGCUCGUACCAAGCCAUGGAUACUAUCGAACGGUGCCGUCUGUGUCACACCACUAGGGCGACGCCGGCUCAGCGCGCUGGUUCAACUACACUAUAGGCACCAUGAUAAUCCAACAAAGAUGACGGCACGAUUUACAGGCAUGGCCUCAUCAGCACGGCCGGAACUUUGCGGAUUCGGGCUGAGAGGCCUUGCCCAACUGACCCGGGACUGGUCCAAUCUGGGACGGGAUCGGAUGGGGACAUGCUCCUCAGUGACCCAGUCAGAUAGAUAAAUAGAUAGAUAUAUACUCUUGUUUUUGCCAAGCCAUCACGGGAAGAUAAGAGGAGGAAAAGGAAGAAGUCGAUUCAAAAAGUAAAAUCAGAAGGGGGAGGAGGGGAAAACAACAACACAGCAUUCGCUCACCGCUUCUGGAAGACGACUGAGGCUGUGAGGCUGGGAAAACAAGGGUUGUUCUAAUAAAGAUGCCGAUGCAAAGCAUCGCACCUCGGCUGGACUAGUAGGCCACCGAGAUCAGAUUUUAAUUUUUUUUUUUUUUUUUUAAAAAAAAAUGGAUGGCGUUAGCUUGGCCGCAUCCAAGGCUUCCAGCUGUUGAAUUUGCGCCCCGAUAAAACAAUGGCCCCCCUUAUGGAGCGUGCGGGCGCCCCCCUCCCCUUGGACCCCGCGGCAGCGCUUUUAAUUUAUCUCCACAUGUAGGCAAUGCCGGAAUGGCAUCAGCAGAGACGCAGAGCUGGAAAUUACCCGGAUGGCUGAUGAAGACGGUACUGUGUAGGUGGUACAUAGUACUGCGGUGCAUGUGCCCAAGGAUCCGCCGAGGGGCCGAAACAGAACAGGCCGGGCCCGCACCGCGGAGCCUGAGAGAUUGGAUCUGUAAGCAACGCUGAUGAGCAUUGCGCGGCGUGCUGGUGGGGAGGGAGGGAAGGAUGCGCGGCAUGGAUCGAUGCCGUCUUGCAGCAUGGUCCCGCUGGGCUCGCUGCACUUCCGAGGGCUGGGAUGCCCUACCGCCCGCUGCCGGGCCUCAUGGUGAAAGUACUACUAUCGUGUUGGCGAGAUGAUGAAAAUCACGAGGGUGACACGGCAAUGUGAGUGUUGGGCGCGUGCGUGCAAGGUUCGGGAUCAAGUCGAGACAAGAGGGCAGGCGAGAGACAUGCAGACGGUCGCCGUGCCGCGCUGACGCUGGCGAUUCUGUGGUCAGGGCCGUGGCCCGUGGCCCAUUUUUGGGAGCCGGGCUGACAGGCUGGAGCGGGUUUGGUGGUGCUGGUGCUACCCCGGAUUUUGCUGGAAAUUGCUGGGUGACACGAGAGGACGGACGGCCCCAGGGCCCCAGGUUCGGAGUUGCGAGCUUGGGCGGCAGGGUACUCGGAAGAGGCAGAAGUGGCUGCAGAUCGAUCAUGGUGAUCCGAUCCCCUUCCACCCACCGCAGAUCAACCACGAUAUCGUCAACGUGGAACAGAGCUGGGCCCACAAGUCACUGCCACCGCAUGAACGGGCAUACUGCGUCAAAGCAACGGCUCAUGUGAAUACGGGACAUGGACAUGUCCUGUGGUAAAAGGGGCACCUGGGGGGGGGGGAGACUGACUGAGGAUGGAAAAGGGGACGGGAUUGGGGGGGGGGGGUUGGUUAUUGGUUGCUGGUUGGCGUUGCGCCCAGAAACACAAAAAAGGAGUGGCGUGUCCCGCCGGCGGGAGCAGGUACAAGGCCGGUACAUGUGGCUGCUGUUCGCAGAGGCGUCCGGAUCUUUAAGCUUGUUUUAGCGCGUGGUGAUAUGCUCGAAACGGGGGCAGCCUCGGGUGGAUACUUGAAUAUGCACCUGGGCGGCUGCCCCCUCGGAUUGAGCCCCCUCGAAUUGAGCCUCACCUGACCGGCGUGAUGGUUGCUGUGGGUCAGGUCGGCUCGGGGGAUAUCUGCAGUAGCGUGAGUGCGUUGCAGGGUCUUUUCGCCACAGGCCUGGCUCGCAAUCGCCAGCCUGCCAGCUCGCCUGGCCGAUGGGCAUUUGCCCGUUCCAGCUGCCCAGGUGCAGCUGCUCGGGUGGGAGCGGUGGGCUUUGGGACGGAUUUGUGGGAACAGCCACACCUGGACUCGUAGGCACGCACCGGAUGCUCUUGGCAACGGGCACAACUCGUGUUGGUUUUCUAUUUUCACGCAGGCUCUUCAGCAGCAGCAGCAGCGUGCCGAGUCAGACGUCGAGAUUGGUGAUAGUGCUGGCCCGUCAGGCCCGCCAGGCCCGCCAGGCCCGCCAGCUCGCCGGGCGCCACAGCGGCCAGCGGCCUGACUGCACGGGCUGGCUUGUCCCUUCAUCUCAUUUGAAUCCCGCCGUCGCCGCCCACGUGGGUGGUGCUAACAAAAUGUGGCGGCGGCGGCGGCGGCGGCGGCGGCGCGAAGACGUGGGUUUCUUGUUCAGCACGGUGUGUGGCCGCCAUCAACAGUCGACAACGGCUUGACCACCCUCUUCCAGCACCCUCCUGUGAGUCUCUGACCUGACCUUGCUGGGCGGGCCGUGAUAAAUUGGACGUGUUGGUGCGUGUGUGUGUCUGUGUGUGUGCGCGUACGUGGAGGGCGAGGAAGGAAUUCUAGACCCCAAAUUUCAGCAAGUCCCAUAUUUGGUGGGGUAGAAUGGACACCGGGGAGCUCCCACGCUGCCACGGUGGGCCUUGCUCCGUGCGGUGCGACUGUCGACGGACCCGAAACGCCGAGCUGCCGAGCUGCCCAGCUGCCCUGUACUACUACCUAGGUACCUAGGUACCUAGGU